ACAAAAACAAACUUCACAAUCAUUUGAGGAGGUAUUGUAUAAUUCAAUGCAAAACCAUGUGAUAAUAACACAAUGGAGAGCAUAUUAUCUGUGCUGAAGCUUUUCAAUUGACUCUAAGUAAAGACACUAUUCCAUGUUUUUGCUAUCUUCACUGUUUAUUAUUAGUCGAAGCAGCAGAGACACCAUGGUUGAGUGGACUGAUUCCGAGCGUAACAUCAUCACCAGCAUCUUCUCCACAAUGGACUAUGAUGAUAUUGGGCCCAAAGCUCUGUGCAGGUGUCUCAUUGUCUACCCAUGGACUCAGAGGUACUUUGGUGGCUACGGUAACCUCUACAAUGCCACCGCCAUAAAAACCAAUCCGCUAAUCGCUGCGCACGGCAUCAAGGUGCUCCACGGAUUGGACAGGGCCAUCAAGAACAUGGACGACAUCAAGGCCACGUACGCCGAGCUGAGUGUGCUGCACUCUGAGAAACUGCACGUGGAUCCUGACAACUUCAGGCUGCUGGCAGACUGCUUGGCUAUUGUGAUUGCCGCUAAGAUGGGUCCCUCCUUCACCUCGGAAAUCCAGGCUGCCCUCCAGAAGUUCGUGUCUGUGGUUGUGUCUGCUCUGGGCAGACAGUACCACUAAACUCCGGGCCAUGGCUGGAGAAGUGUCUCUGUUCUGAUGAAAUUAAAAAUAAAGUUCUGCAAAAUCA